AAUCAAAACAAAGUUUUAUUUACGCGAAGGAAGAGACGGAAACUACAGUCAUGUCUGUCUCUCUGUCUGAAGAGAGAGACAGGAUCCAGAGACAGGUGCAGGAGCUGGAGCAGAGUCUGUCUGUCUGUCUGUCUGCAACACACACUGAUCUACAGCUGCUGAGCAGUGAGACAGAUGAUGAAUCAGGAAGUGAUGACGAAGAGGAGGAGUCUGCUGCAGGUCUGUUGGCUCAAAGAGAAAAAAUCCAGAAAGAGAUCGAGAGCCUGGAGAACAAGCUAGGACCUGUCUGUCUGUCAGAUGGUGAUGACAUCAUCAUCAGCAGUGAUGAGAGUGAGCUGGGUAUUUCUCUCUCUGUUGAGUCUUGUCUUCAGAUGAACCUGGUUUACCAGCAGGUGGUGCAGGAGACUCUGUGUCAGCUGGAGACACUACUGACACACAACGACAGACAACAGAAGGAACUUGUGUCUCAGUUGUCUGGACCAAUCAAAGAGCCUUCCACAGAACAGCCGGCCCCCUCCUCCUACCAGCUGCCAAUCAACAUGUACCUGGGUCGCUUCCUGAAGCCUUACUUCAAAGACAAACAGACCGGCCUGGGUCCGCCAGCCAAUCGGGAGACGAAGGAGAAGAGCAGCAGGAUGACAGGAUGUCUGGACGAAAAUAAAGUCAAGAUUAAACGAUGGGAGAGCUGGCAGAAGACUCUUCUGAUCGACUCAGUGUCCAGAGACAGUCUGAGGAGACUUGUCCAGCCCAAACUCUCCAGGGUGGACUACCUGAGUCAGAAGUUAUCGUCAGCAGAGGAGACAAACAGGCAGAAGCUCCGAGAGCAGAUCGACAAUUUGGAGAGAGAGAUCGACAAACUCAGGACGAAGAAGGAGGAGGAGCUGAUCGGUGAUCGAUACGAGGAACAUGAUUGGGAAAAAAUCUCCAACAUUGAUUUUGAAGGGACGCGGGAGGCCGAUGACAUCAGGUGCUUCUGGCAGAACUUCCUUCACCCGUCAAUCAGGAAGGUUGGAUGGAGUCAGGAGGAGGUGCAGCAGCUGAGAGACAUCAGCAGGAGACACCGAGAGAGACACUGGAAAAAGAUCGCUGAGGAGCUGGGGACGGGGAGGACAGCCUUCAUGUGUCUUCAGACUUUCCAGCGUUUUGUGUCAGACUCGUUGAGACGAGGAAGUUGGACGCCCAAUGAAGACGCUCUUCUCCGGGAUCUGGUGGACAAGAUGAGGAUUGGAAACUUUAUCCCCUACACUCAGAUGAGUUACUUCAUGGAGGGUCGCCACCCCCCUCAGCUGAUCUACAGGUGGAACCAGGUUCUGGACCCGAGCCUGAAGAAAGGCAUGUGGACCAAACAGGAAGACCAGCUCUUGUUGCGAGCUGUCUCACGUCACGGGGAGAAGAACUGGUGGAAGAUCCGGCUGGAGGUUCCUGGACGAACGGACUGCGCCUGCAGAGACAGGUACAUCGACUGUCUGAAGUCGGGGAUGAAGCGAGGAGCAUUUGACAAACAGGAGCAGGAGCUGCUGCUGCAGCUGGUGGAGAAACAUGGCGUCGGUCGCUGGGCGAAGAUCGCAGCUGAGAUUCCUCAACGUUACGAUGCUCAGUGUCUGAGGGAAUGGAGGAAAGUGAGCAGAAAGAGGCUCAGUCCUGCUCAGAAAAAUAGAAGAGCUAAAAAGCCACAAACAAGUGGAGAUGGAAAGAAGAAGAGGAAGGUAAACAUCAGGAGGAGAGUGAAGGAGGAGCUGAGCAGUGAGGAGGAGCAGGAGGAGGAGGAGGAGGAGGUGGAGUACAUGGACAGUGAUACUGAUGAGAAGAAGAUGAAGGAGGAGGAGAAGGAGGAGGAGGAGGAGGUGGUUGAAGGGGAUGUAGAGGAGGAGGUGGAGUACACCUGCCCUUCGAUGACUGAGUGGAUUCCAGAUGAUAGAGCAGAACAUUUCUCCUUCCUGAACUUCAGGCCGGUGUCGAUACCUCCGUCCUCCCACGGCCAGGGAGAGAAGCCAGUCCGCUCCACCAUCGUGGGGAAGUCCGGACGCUCUGUGAUCAUUGGACCAAAUCCACCGGAGCUGCAGUGGGAGGAGCGUCACAGAAGCAGCGCCAUGAUGAUGGUGUCACCUGAGCAGCUCCGAGCCCACCUGCUCUGCCAGGCGGCCGAGUGGAAGAAGCGUGGCUUCCGGCCCCAGGGGAAGGCCGCGGGCCGAGCCAUGGACGUGGUGGUGAAGGUCCAGCUCCAGGCGGCCGUGCUGCCCUGGAUCGGGAACCUGCUGAUCCCGACUCCCAGCAGACUGACUGUGGCCGACGCCGUGAGGGAACAAGGAGAGACAACCCAGCUCUCCUCCACUCCUGUCUUCCAGCUGCUGCUGCAGACCAUGAGCGUGGACGUCCUCGGCUGCAAGGAGACGAUAGAGCAGAGGAAGAAGAAAGUGGAGUUUGCAGCUCCGCCCCCGGAGCCUCCGUCUGUCCGCAGGAAGAAUCCGCUCACUGUCGCAGGAAUGCUGCAGCAGAGGAGGCAGCAGCAGGAGUCGGACCUGCAGGACAAACGGAUCCUGACGCAGCUGAACGCUCUGCAACAGCAGCACAUGAUGCUCCAACAACCAAUCAGAACACAGCAGUUAGUUUAUCAGCACCGACCUCAGACUCUUCCUCCUAGCAUCCCUUCUCAGAAUCGUCCUGGUCUUCCUCAGAUGUCUCGUGUGUCCUUUCCUCCGAGUGUCUUCAUUCCUCAUCCUCUUCUCCAACCUCUUGCUCCCUCUUCCGACACAUCCCCUUUGUCUCCAUGCCGACCUGCUCCUGUGGGCGUCCUCACAUCUUCAUCUUCAUCUCCUCUUCCUCCUGUCUCCAUGGUCCCGAUGCUCCAGAGUCCUCCCGGCUCCGCCUUCGUCCAGCAACAGACUGCACCAUUGGCUCAGAGCUUCAAAGUUUACCAGUCCUCUUCCCCUAACACCGCUGUUUCUAUUGGUUCAACACCGGCCAAUCAACAAGCUGUUCCAUUCUCACUCUCAACCCUCGCCACCCGUCCUCUCCAUUCCUCCAGUUGUACAACCUCAGAACAGAGUAUGCCCAGAGGGGGGGGGCAGAAGGUCAAGGUGUGUUUCCUUGGAGCAGGUAGUGACGGGACGUGCACAGGUGUGAAGGAGCCCGGAGCUCUACAGGAAGCUCCUGCAGCCAUGACUCAAAACAGGAAGACGCCUGCCCCGCCCCCUCAGACUGGGCUCCUCCCACCUCCUCAGACUGGGCUCCUCCCACCUCCUCAGCAUCACACUGCAUUCUUAGAUUCAAGCUUAUCUGAACAUGACUACUUUAUUCAUACUACCCCCCCCCCCAGUCAACCAAGUCCUGACCCCGAACUCUGUGAAUCUGACCCCGUCACAAAGACGCCGCCCACACGUCCCAGCAGAGGAACGAAGCGCAGGAGGGGGCCGGAGCAGGACGGGGGGGCCAGCGGUCCAGACGUCCCCUGUCCAGAUGGGGGGGGGGACCCCAGGGCCCAGGCUGAUGCAGGUGACACCCAGGAAGGAAAAAGGGUUCGGAAGCUAACUCACAAGGCCAGGGAGCUGCAGAGAGACACUGAGACCAAGGACGAAGCUAAAAAGAAGAGGAAGUCUUCUCCUUGUAAAACUCGCCCUCGUGCGUCUCGCUCUAAAGAGGAAACUGUCGAUCGCCCAGAGAAACCCACCCCCGAUCUACUUCCUGGUCAGUCGAUAUGGGUCCUGACUCCUGGUGGGAUGGUCCAGCUUGCACUAGCCCCGCCCCCACGCCAUCAGCAGGCAUUAGUGCCGGACCCCACUUUGCCACCUCCACCUGCAAUCCGAGCGGAUGAGGCCUCCCCAUCUGCCCUCAGGAGGGCGGGGCUUCAGUUCAACCCCUCACUGAUGUUCCUGGAGCCUCAGGAAGCAGUGUGUGAUUGGCUGAGUGGGCGGAGGGGGGUGGUGGUACCAGGAGCAGGCGUGGCUCUGCCCUACCUGCCGCCAUUCGUCAGCACUCUGGCCACGCUGCGGGCGCUGCUUCAGGCCAGAAACUCUUUGACCAAAUCGUCUCUGCAGCUGCUGCGUCAAGACUCUGAACCUCGGCGCCGCCAAACCAGGACCGCCUCCGCCAGCAGGUCCGAAAACCCGCCGAGUCAGCGUCCAGCCGACCUGCCAGACUCGACCUCUGACCUCCGACCAGCCGCGCCACCAGCUCACGCUCCUCUGACAGGAGCUCCCUCUGACCGCCAGCAGGAGGAGCAGCAGCAGGAGGAGGAGAAGCAGGAGGAGGAGGAGGUGCUUGUGGUGGCAGUGCGUGAGCUUGUGACAGAGCGUUUUUCUAGUAACCCCGCCUACCAGUUGUUGAAGGCCCGCUUCCUGUCACUCUUCACUGUCCCCGCCCUCCUUGCUACCAUCCAACCAAUAACAGAGGAGACUGUGGCUCGCCCAGCCACUCAGGAGGAGGAGGAGGAGGAGGAGGAAGUGGUGAAGCUGAAGAAAAUCAAAGCAAGGGGGCGACAGAGAGCCAAGGGAUCUGUGCUGAUGUGUGACACGUCAGGAGCGCCAGCCAAUCACUUCUCAGGAAUCAACGCAUCCGGCGCUGACCAGACCCGGCCAGUAGAACCCUGAUCACACAGAUCUACGAUCACAUGCUCAGAUCAAUGCUCCUCUUGAUCCUGAACAGCUGCUCAUCUGAAUCUUGAGAUUAGUUCUGGAAAAAAAUGACUUUUCAUUAGAUGACAAAAAACAUUCCUACUCUCGUUCAGUUUGAGUUUUCGUUGUAACAAUAAAAAUCUUAAAACAUUUCAGAUCUGGUUUCAGAGCUCAUAGAUAAAAAACUGUUAAUCAGGUCAGAGUCUCAUGUUGCACGUCGUUUAAUUUACUUGAAAGAAAAUGUUUGAUGGUUUUGUAAUAAAGAAAGUUUACAUGGA